AUGCGAGCCACUUCUCCGAGGAGCCAGGAGCCUCUCCUGCCGCCAGCGCUGCCUACCUCCUGUCCCGGAGGAGCCCUCCUGGCGGUUCUGGUGCUGCUCGCGCUGCCGGCGGCCUGGGGUCAGUGCCAAUCCCCGGUGCGCCUUACAUUCGCCAUGCCUACAGAACCGAUUGACAAAGAUGAGUUUCCUGUUGGGACAUCUGUGAAGUAUAAAUGCCGCCUUGGUUACUACGGAAGAGUGUUCUCUAUCACCUGCCUGCAAAACUCUGUCUGGUCAAGCCCUGAAAACAACUGUAGGCGUAAAUCAUGUGGAUCUCUUCCAGAGCUCAUAAAUGGCAAAAUGGACAUCAACAAAGACACCCAGUUUGGAUCAACUGUUAAUUAUUUUUGUAAUGAAGGAUACCGACUCAUUGGUCAAUCCUCUGCUGCAUGCAUCAUCUCUGGCAACUCUGUCAUCUGGGAUAAUGACCCACCUAUUUGUGAGAGCAUUCCUUGUGGGCCACCCCCAGCCAUCGCCAAUGGAGAUUUCAUUAGCACCAACAGAGAAUACUUUCAAUACGGAACAGUGGUGACCUAUCGCUGCAAUCUUGGAGAGAGAAGAAAGAAACUGUUUGACCUCGUGGGUGAGCCGUCAAUAUAUUGCACCAGUGAAGACAAUCAAGUUGGCAUCUGGAGUGGCCCUCCCCCUCAGUGCAUUACACCUAAUAAAUGCACACCUCCAGUCAUUGAAAAUGGAAUAAGGAUGUCUGAGAACAAAAGCUUAUUUUCUUUACGUGAAAGCGUGAGGUUUAGGUGUCAGCCCGGCUUUGCCAUGAAAGGACCCUCCACUGUUGAAUGCCAGGCCCAAAACAAGUGGGGGCCGGAGUUGCCCAGCUGCUCUAGGGUAUGUCAGCCACCUCCAAAAGUCCUGCAUGGUAAACACACCCCAAGCCACAAGAACAACUUUUCUCCUGGGCAGGAAGUGUUCUACAGCUGUGAGCCCGGCUAUGAUCUCAGAGGGGCUGCUUCUCUGCAUUGUAUGCCCCAGGGAGACUGGAGCCCGUCAGCCCCCAAAUGUGCAGUGAAAUCAUGUGCUGACUUCCUGGACCAGUUACCUAAUGGACAUAUACUCUUUCCACUUAAUUUUCAGCUUGGAGCAAAAGUAUCCUUCUCUUGUGAUGAAGGAUUCCAAUUAAAAGGCAGUUCUGCUAGUUACUGUGUCUUGGUUGGAAUGGAAAGCCUUUGGAACAGCAGCGUUCCUGUGUGUGAACAAAUCUUGUGUCCAAAUCCUCCUGAUAUCCUUAAUGGGAGACACACAGGAAAACCUCUGGAGGUCUUUCCUUUUGGAAAAGAAGUAACUUACACGUGUGACCCGCACCCAGAGAGAGGGAUGAUCUUCAGCCUCACUGGGGAGAGCACCAUCCGCUGUACCAGUGACAGUCAAGGGAACGGAAUUUGGAGCAGCCUCGCCCCUCGCUGUGGACUUCUGGGUCACUGUAACACCCCAGAUCAUUUUCAAUUUGCCAAGUUGAAAAUCCCGACCAAUGAAUCUGAGUUUCCCAUUGGGACAUCUUUAAAGUAUGAAUGCCGCCCUGAGUACCACAGGAAGUCAUUCUCUAUCACGUGUCUACAAAACCUCACGUGGUCAAGUGCCAAAGAUGUCUGCAAACGUAAAUCAUGUAAAACUCCUCCAGAUCCUGUGAAUGGUGUGGUGCACAUAGAUACGGACAUCCAGUUCGGAUCCAGAAUCAAUUUUUCUUGUAAUAGAGGGUAUCAACUCAUUGGUCACUCAGCUGCUGAAUGUAUUAUCUCAGGCAAUACUGUCUUUUGGGAUUCAGAGCCACCAAUUUGUGAACGCAUUCGUUGUGGGCCACCCCCAGCCAUCGCCAAUGGAGAUUUCAUUAGCACCAACAGAGAAUACUUUCAAUACGGAACAGUGGUGACCUAUCGCUGCAAUCUUGGAGAGAGAAGAAAGAAGCUGUUUGACCUCGUGGGUGAGCCGUCAAUAUAUUGCACCAGUGAAGACAAUCAAGUUGGCAUCUGGAGUGGCCCUCCCCCUCAGUGCAUUACACCUAAUAAAUGCACACCUCCAGUCAUUGAAAAUGGAAUAAGGAUGUCUGAGAACAAAAGCUUAUUUUCUUUACGUGAAAGCGUGAGGUUUAGGUGUCAGCCCGGCUUUGCCAUGAAAGGACCCUCCACUGUUGAAUGCCAGGCCCAAAACAAGUGGGGGCCGGAGUUGCCCAGCUGCUCUAGGGUAUGCCAGCCACCUCCAGAAGUCCUACAUGGUAAACACACUCCAAGCCACAAGAACAACUUUUCCUCUGGGCAGGAAGUGUUCUACAGCUGUGAGCCCGGCUAUGAUCUCAGAGGGGCUGCUUCUCUGCACUGUACGCCCCAGGGAGACUGGAGCCCGGAAGCUCCCAGAUGUGCAGUGAAAUCAUGUGCUGACUUCCUGGACCAACUUCCUAAUGGACAUGUGCUCUUUCCACUUAAUUUCCACCUUGGGGCAAAAGUGUCCUUCAUUUGUGAUGAGGGGUUCCAGUUAAAGGGAAGUUCAGCCAGUUACUGUAUCUUGGUUGGAACGAAAAGCCUUUGGAAUAACAGUGUUCCUGUGUGUGAACGUAUACAUUGUGAACCACCCCCAGCCAUAUCCAAUGGAGACUUCUACAGCAGCAAUAGAAACGUUUAUCAAUAUGCAACAGUGGUAACUUAUCAGUGUCACACUGGGCCAGAUGGAGAAAAGCUGUUUGACCUUGUGGGAGAACAGUCAAUAUACUGUACCAGCAAAGACAAUCAACUUGGUGUUUGGAGCAGCCUUCCUCCUCAGUGUAUUUCUGCUAAUAAAUGCACAACUCCAGAAGUUGAAAAUGGAAUUAGAGUGUCGGGAAAUAAGAGUUCACUUUCCUUAAAUGAGAUUGUGAGAUUUAGCUGUCAGCCUGGCUUUGUCAUGAGAGGGUCCAACACUGUGCAAUGCCGGGCCAACAACACAUGGGUACCUGAGCUGCCAAGCUGCUCCAGGGUAUGUCAACCACCUCCAGAAAUCCUGCAUGGUAAGCACAUCCCAAGCCACAAGGAUGACUUUUCCUCUGACCAGGAAGUGUUCUACAGCUGUGAGCCUGGCUAUGAUCUCAAAGGGGCUGCUUCUCUGCACUGUACAUCCCAGGGAGACUGGAGCCCAGAAACUCCCAGAUGUGCAGUGAAAUCAUGUGCUGACUUCCUGGACCAACUUCCUAAUGGACGUGUGCUCUUUCCACUUAAUUUCCAGCUUGGAGCAAAAGUAUCCUUCAUCUGUAAUGAAGGAUUCCGAUUAAAAGGCAGCUCUGCUUCUCAUUGUGUCUUGGUUGGAAUGAAGAGCCUUUGGAACAGCAGUAUUCCUGUGUGUGAACAAAUCUUUUGUCCAAAUCCUCCAGCUAUCCUUAAUGGGAAACACACAGGAACUUCUCUGGGAGACAUUCCUUAUGGAGAAGAAAUUGGUUACACAUGUGACUCCCACCCAGACAGAAGGAUGACCUUCAGCCUCACUGGGGAGAGCACCAUCCGCUGCACCAGUGACAGUCAGGGAAAUGGGGUUUGGAGUGGCCCUGCCCCUCGCUGUGAACUUUCUGUUCCUAAUGAAGUAAAUUGUAGCCUCCCACAGAUUAUGAAUGGAAUCCAGAAGGAAUUGAAAAUGAGAAAAGUAUAUCACUCUGGAGAUAAUGUAACUUUGGAGUGUGAAGAUGGGUAUACUCUGGAAGGCAGUCCCUGGAGUCAGUGCCAGGAGGAUGACCUGUGGGACCCUCCUCUGGCCAUAUGUACCUCUCGCACGAGUGAUGAUCUCAUAGUUGGCAUGUUCCUUGGUAUGAUCCUCUUGAUUUUACCCAUCAUUGCUUCCUGUUUGAUAAUUCUAAAGUGCAAAAAAGGCAACAAUACAGAUGAAAAAUUGAAAGAAGCAGUUAUCCAUUUGCACCCCCAAGAAGGCAGUGGUGUCCAUCCUCAUACUCUGCAAACAAAUCAGGAAAAUAUCAGGUAG